AUAACUUUCUGUCAGAAAUCAUUCUACAUUUUUUAGUGAAAAUAAAUCUGCAUAUUAAAAGUUUGUUGAAAACGAUCUCGUAACUUAAAUUAAUUUAUCAAGUCUGCAAUCAAUUUUACGAGUAUGAGCGCUGUUGAAGUUAAUGAAAUUGCUACAUCGACGUCGUUCACGCAUCGAAAACGUACUUUUUAUGCAUGUGCGUUUGGUUUCUCUGUAUACGUUGGUUCAACAUUUAGUUUGGCGACACUUCAGAGCAGUAUCAAUAUCAAGAAUGAUCUCGGACCAAAAAGUCUCCUGAUUUGUUUUUUGUGUGGCUUAGCCGGUAUCAUAACAGCGCCCUAUACUUUGAAAAGGUUUGGUGCAAAAGCAACGUUAAUUACUGGGGAAAUCAUAGCAUCAUUCUAUACGAUAGCGAACUUUUAUCCAAGAUGGUUUACCAUGUAUCCGACAGCAGCUUUAACAGGAUUGACGUCAUCAUCGUUCACAUGGUCGGCAAGUGCAGUAAUUGUUCACAAAGUGGCUACUGCUGAUCUGAAGAAUAAAAUUGGAAAACAAGCUGAUAUUGCCACUCAAAAGUAUUUUGGAAUAUAUUUAGGAAUUGUCGCGUUUGGCCAGAUUUUUUCUAAUGGUGUCACCGUUCUGAUUCUUGAAUUUGUCAAUGACGAUUUAUUAGGACUUAAUCAUAAAACAGUGGAAACCGAUUUUGACAGUAAUUUAACUACACAAGCUCCACAAUACAAAACUACUAAUUCGUCAGUUAUUGAUAUUUCUCAAUGUGCGGCAAGAGAUUGUCCGGCUGAAUAUGCAUACAGUAAUUCUACCAAACUCGAUGUAUUCAUACCAGACGAUUCUUCUAGAUACGUACUGUUGGGCUGGUAUCUACUCAUGCAACUAGGAGCCGUCUUACUGCAUUCAAUAGCGAUGGAUUCAAUCCCAGUUGAUAAUUAUAGAAAGAAUAUAAUCGCCAACAAAAAUGAAGAAGAGUCUCCCACUAGAAAACCAUUACUGGACAAACCAAAAGAAGAAAAUGACUGCUCUGCUUUAUUCGCGCCAAUAAAAAUAUCCAUUCUGCAUUUAACGUCUCUGCAAGGAAUACUUUCUGCGCCGGUUUAUCUGUUAUAUGGAUUAACGAUUUCAUUUAUUUGGUCAGAGUUUAGUCGUGCCUACGUUUCGUGUGUGGUUGGGAUAAGCCAGGUUGGACUAACAAGUGCGCUGGUCGACUUGCUAUCACUUACUGUGUCUAUGAUAAUAUCAAGAUGUGCCUCAAACUUUGGAAUGUUUUACAUUUUCAUCUUUGGUAUGUGUUACGACAUUGCAUUGUACGUUGCUACUCUGUUAUGGGUUCCAACACCUUCCACUUCAUAUCUUGUCUACAUUUUUGCUUCACUUUUCGGAGUCACUCAUGCAGUCAGAAGGAAUACACAAUAUCUAACAACAUCCGCUCUAUGUCCAGAUAAAGAUGUAGGGUUCACGAUACAGAAUGUCCUUGGCGGAAUAGGCCUGAUGAUGACUUAUGCUUGGACAACUGCUUUCUGCGUUUAUGUUAAAAUAUAUAUUAUGAUAGGAUCAGUGGUUGUCACAACAGUACUUUGGGUAUUUUCCAAUAGAAUACACCACAAAAAGAAAUUAACGGAUAAUUCAAAAAAUCAGUCUUAGCCAUAUAUAAUAUUCGUUGUUUCCUAUUUUAAUAAACCGAGUAUGUAUAUAUAUAUCCUAA